UCAUAAUCCACCCAAAGUCUCCAUUUCUCCUAGAGCUUAACCCAAGAAAGAGAAUAUCAUCAGUCAAGGAUCAUGAGCGGGAAUCUAGAAGCAGUCCUUAGUUCGGGAGAGAAGAUCCCAUUACUAGGCAUGGGAACAGCGGCCGCGGCCAUCUCUGAUGAUCUCGUGUCCACAUUCAUCCAGGCUAUCGAUCUUGGCUACAGGCACUUCGACACGGCGGCACUGUAUGGGACGGAACGGUACCUUGGUGAAGCCAUAGCAGAAGCACUCCAGCGUGGCAUAAUCAAGAACCGCAGCGAGCUCUUCAUCACCUCCAAGUUAUGGUGCACCGAUGCGCACUGUGACCGGGUCCUUCCGGCGCUCAAGGAAACCUUAGGGAAUCUAGGGUUGGAGUACCUCGAUCUCUAUCUCAUUCAUUGGCCCGUGAGCUUGAAGCCAGGGAAAAGAGGAUUUCCCAUCAACAAGGACGACCUUCUCCCCAUUGAUUUAAAAUCUGUAUGGGAAUCAAUGGAGGAGUGUCAAAAGCUGGGCCUCACAAAAUCAAUUGGUGUCAGCAACUUCUCUUCCAAGAAGCUAUUGGAACUAAUGGCUCAUGCCAAGAUACCUCCAGCAGUGAAUCAGGUGGAAAUGAACGCAGCAUGGCAGCAAAGCAAGCUCAGAGAGUUCUGCAAGGCGCAUGGAAUUCACGUUACUGCAUGGUCUCCACUUGCGGCCAAUGGAGCCUCCUGGGGAUCGCUUGUAGUGAUGGAGAGUCCAAUCCUUCAACAAAUUGCAAACGCUAGGGGAAAAACCGUUGCUCAGGUUUCUCUAAGGUGGUUGCAUGAACAAGGAGUGAGUGUGGUGGUGAAAAGUUUCAACAAGGAUAGAAUGAAACAGAAUCUUCAGAUCUUCGAUUGGGAAUUGAGUGAGCAAGAUUUGGCAGAAAUCAGUCAGAUUCCACAGCGUAGGGGAUGUUCAGGAGAAAUCUUUGUUUCACCAGGUGGGCCAUUCAAAACAAUAGAGGAGAUAUGGGACGAGGAGGCAUAACACGCCUCGUAUUAUUGCCCCGUGUGUGUUAUGAUAGAACGGUCUGCUAAUUCCUCACAUGUGCCGAUGUGGAACACAUGUAAGAUUUGGGAUCCUUAAGGUGGGUUAUACUUUUUAGAUCUUAUGAGCUAAAAAUUUAAGCCAUUGCGAGUCUCAUAAGGGCCACAACAUAUGAAAGAUAUAUUCAUUUAAUCUCUAGUUUAUUACUUUGUACAUUGUGGCCCACAUGAGAGCUGAAACUGCCUAAUCUUCCAGGCGAAGAUUUAAGCGCUGUUUUCAACCAGAUGAAAAGCUCCACAGGCAUGUAAAAUAAUCAAACAUGGUCCAUAUAGAUACUAUCAGUGAAAACUGAUAAAAAUGAACAAUACUCUGCUUCAGAU